UCUAUCUUUCUCACAUAUUUCGAUAUUUUACUAUCUUUUUUUGUUCAAUAUUAUUCACCAUACCUUGUGAGAAUACUAUUAUGGAUCACAAUGACCAUAGUUUGGAGGAGCAAGAACUUAACGAAUAUAUUUAUAGGGAUGGAAAACAAGUAUUGAUAGUGGAACCACUCAACAUUUAUAAGACUCUACCCGAUCAAAUUGGUGAUUAUGUCAUAGAGCAAAUUAAUAUAUAUAUGCGGGAAUUAAGAAAAUUAGAUGAACGCGAAGAUUUGGAGCAUCAGUUGGCUAUAGUUGUAUUUAAGGAGGAUGGUAAAAAGAAGAAAAGAGGAAGGGAAAUAAAAAGUAUGGUGAUCGGACCAAUUUCGAUUUCUUUUGAAUUACCACAUUUUUGUUUCGACAGCAAAAUUGAUAUUGAAAAGAAGCUUGCAGCCCCUCGUAAGAUACGUGAGAAUUAUGGAAAAGAUAUAGAUGUUACUCCACUUGCAGAUCGAAGAUUUUCUAUUAUUGAAAGAGCAAAUAAUUGGACAAUUGAACUGAGAAAACGAGAUGAUAAUCGAAUAGAUAUUAUUGCUACACAUUUACCAUCGAACAAGCAAUUUCGUACAAAGCCCGAAGUGGCUAAUUUUAUUCUUUAUGAAGCUCUCCCAAAAUCUAAACACAAGGAGAAAAAUUAAUUGAAAUUUUUUGGUGAAUGCAAUGUACAUUAUGUUAAAUAUUCAAACAAUUAAUUACUCAAUGAAAAUAUAUAUGAUUCAAUAUUACAAUAAUAUAAAUUGUUUUAUAUAAGGCGAAAGAUUUGACAUAAAAAAAAAGAGAGAAAUUUAUAAUGAUAUCUUUCAAGAAAAAGCAGGGACAAGUAUGAAACUCAAAAUAAAAUAAAUUUUGAAAGAGAUUGACUACAAUAUACAGUAAACA